CCGUAUCCUGCCAUGGAGUUCCAAAACCCCCGGGGCGAUUAUGCAGCUUUGCGCCUGAAGAGGGUCGAAGAUCUCUGGUUCUCGGAUGGGUCUAUCGUGGUUCGUGUCGGAGAACAAGCGUGCCGCAUUCACCAGAGCAUUCUGGCCGCCAACUCGUCCGUCCUGGCCAACAUCCUCUCCAUUCCGCAGCCCAAAAACGGGGAGACGUUCGAAGGACUGCCCAUGAUGAGCUUCCCUGAUCCGCCGGAAGACGUCCUUCACUGGCUAAAGUCCAUGGUGCUGCCGGGGUACUUCGAGGUGUACCCCAGCCGCAUCCAGCAGGACAAAUUGCUCGCCACGCUCCGCCUCAGCCACAAGUACGGCGUGCAGACGUUGCGCCAGCGCGCGCUCUACCAUCUCAGCGUCGCGUUUCCGUCGGUGUUUGGCGACGAGGACGAAGCCAAGUUGUUGCUCGACAAGGACCACUGGCGGAAGACCUCCAUCGACGGUGACUUCAACGUGGACUUCUUCUGCAAGGUCUACGCCCUGGCCGUGGAGAUCGGUGCUGACUGGCUUCUGCCGAGUCUCAUAUACACCAUUCACUCCGCUACCUAUUUCGACGACAAUGCCAGAGCACGCCUGCCCGCGCUGCUGUCGUCGCAAGCCAUGUUACAGCUGUUAAACGUCACGCGCGCAAGCCUCGCAGCAUUCCAGCCCCAUCGUCUCACGCCAAUCUUGAGCAAUGAUUGCGAGGUCGGUGGCACCAAGUGCACGGACGGUGUUCGGGACAUCCUCGACCGAGGCUUCGACCAUCUCAUCGCGCAGCCCCUUUCCUUCCUGCAUAUCAAGGCCAACACUUUCAUGACCGACUGUGGUUACGCGACAGUGAAGGAAGCGAUUGAAGUGGCGGCGUGCAAUAAGUGCAAAGAGGUGUUCAGGUAUCCUCGAUACAUCGUUGCGUGUGAUUUGUUCAGGCAGGUGUUUGAGGAGGCUACAGUAUACGAGGAACUGAGGGACGCCAGGGCGCUGGACACCGGAAGUCAGUGGAUCAGCAGAAGACAUUAGAUCACGGUAGCGUCCGAAUUAUACGAAGCUCCCGUACAUAUAUUGACAAGACCAAGCACACCAGUACUAGGUUGUGCUGAGCCAGAUCGGUGUGGUCAGGCGGGGCGGGUCGAUGCAAUUUUUAGACUGUUCUUCAUCCUCAUCCGUACGUUCACGGUUAUGAAGAGGGUUGUCCUCAGCGAUACUGCGUAAGAGCUUUCGGGCCGUCAUGUCACAUAAAGUCGAACCGUGACUGUAACGUUCUCUUAUUGGAAUGCAAAUCAAAGGCUUGC